AACGGACCGUUCAGUCUGACUUAGACCCACCGCAACCCACGACACGCCGCCCGUCACCGAUCGGUCCGCCAUCACGUGCUCGUCGAAGUUUUAUCGGAUAGGAGCGAAAAAAAUAAAAAUUUAAAUAUUUUGUUUUAAGCCCCCAAAAUUCUCGCGACACACAAUAGACGUUAUGGACGUAUCAUUACGUCGUUUUUAGCCGUAUCGCAGGAACCGGAACAAACAAAUAAUAAAAACGUAUGUUAUUAAAAACUUAGUGAUUUUAUCUGAUCGCUAAACGAACGAGUGAAUAACGAUUGUCGCUGGUCGAAAGAUGAAAUCGACAACCGUGCUUUACAGAUACAAUGAUAUCAGUCGUAAAAACGGUUUUUACAGUCUCAACAUAAGACAUGCGGCGAUUACCGGAGCUAUUUACACAUUGAAUAUUUCUGUAUUAGUUGUACUAAUAUACAGUUGGAUGAUAAGUUCAAACAUGAAAAAUGCACUUCUGCUUCAAGAUGUAUUUUAUGGUGUUCAAAUCGCAUACUCUGCCGUAAUUGGAACAAAUUUGUUCAUCUUCGCUGCCAGUGUCAUAUUACUCCUUGGGAUCGUCAAAGAACGAGUAUCCCUAAUCGUACCAUGGAUUGUCGGUCUCAUAACUUUUAUGGCACUCGAAGCGGUUGCCAUUGUUUACUCGAACGUACUCAGAGACCAUGUAAAUAAGAAAUUUGACUCGUUCUGCAAAAUUGAAGUAACGUUUUACUUGAUACGGGCAGUACUAAAUGUGUUGAGUCUAUUAAGCGUGAUAAAGUUUUACAAUAUGGUGCGAUUGGGAGUAACGUGGAAAGGUCCAGAGACCAUUGAACUGUGAUGUAAAAUUUCGGGACCAGGACGUUAUCCGGGUUCCAUAUCUUCGGCAGAAGACACUGACACGACUCUAUCCUCAAGCAUGGAUGAUUUCUUAUAAUGAAUACUAAUAACUACUAUAAUGUAAAUGUUGUUGUAUAUUUGUUUUGGUUAAAUAUAAUUUUUAAAAACCCGUAUUGAUAAAUAAUAAAUAAAUUUUAUUUUUA